UUCAAUGUCGUACAUGCUUGUGAAUCGACGUUCCUGUAUUUUGGCUUUCUUCCUGAAAAAUGCGUGAUUGUUUCUUGAAAGAAUAAAAAUGGGAGGGAAAAACAAACAAAGGACGAAAGGCAAUGUUCGGCCAUCUAGCAGUGGUAGAGCUGCUGAUGUUCUUGUUAGAGAAAGGGGAGUUGUCCCUGGAUUUAUUGGAUUUGAUACUUCUUCAAAUGAUCUGGGAUAUGUUCCUGCAGUCCAUGGAGCUGAAGAAAUAGACAGCCUUGUAGAUGCAGACUUUCGGAUGGUUUUACGAAAACUUUCCAAACGAGAUGCUGUCACUAAAUUAAAGGCAGUCCAAGAAUUUACUGCAAUGUGCAAAAACAGAGAUUCAGAGACUGUUAAAGGGGUCCUGCCAUACUGGCCAAGAAUAUAUUGUAAAGUCUCCCUGGAUCAUGAUCGUCGUGUUCGUGAAGCAUCUGGUCAGGCCUUGGAGCAACUGGCUAUUAAAGUAGGAAGAAGCCUGGCUCCAUUCUUAAAAAGUAUUAUGGGACACUGGCUUCUUUCCCAGUGUGAUACCUAUGCACCUGCUGCAUCUGCAGCAAAUGUGGCAUUCCAGUCAGCUUUUCCAGGAAGUAAACAAGCUGGAGCAAUAGCAUUUUGCAAAGAAGAAAUUCUUACGAUUCUCCAGGAUAAUUUGCUCAAGGAAACCGCAGACACGCUUAGUGACUCUCAGACUGUUCCAGGUGAUGAAAGGGAAGCUAAAUACUUGAGAGUUGUGACAUGCUCCUUGCUAGCUUUAAAGAAAUUGUUAACUUUAUUGUCAAAGUCAGAUGCUGAUGAAAUGGAGGAGAAGCUUAUGCAUAUUAUAUCCCAAAGCAAGUUUUGGAAAUACAGUAAACACAAGUCUGCACAGAUUCGUGGAGCAUUUUUUGAAGCAGUGGCUUCCUUUUGCCAAUAUACUCCAAAUCUGUUGAAAACUGAAGCAGCCCGUGCAUGUUCAUGUGUGUUGUUAAGCAUUGAUGACACAGAUCCACUGGUUUGCCCAUCACUGUGGGAAGCUGUUCUUUACAUUAUUAUGAAGGUUCAGGAUUGCUGGCAGUAUAUUAAUGCUAAAAAGGGAUUACUACCAAAGCUGUGGCAGUUGCUAAAAGAAGGUGGACGAGGCAUGGCUGUAGUUAUUCAUCCCCACCUACUUCCAUUUAUCAGUAGAUUUCCAGAAGAGGUCUUAGAGCCAAAAGUAGCUUUUUACAACACCUUCUUCACCUCAGUAAUUAAUGGGUUGUCAAGUGAUAGAGCUGUUUCAAGUUCUUCUGAAACAUCUGCAAUCAUAUUCUCUAUUGUGGAGUGCUUACAGUUUGUUCUGCUACAGAAUGCAGGUGUAGAAGAUCAUCACCAGAAUAUUCAACACAUGCUAAUAAAUGACCAGCUCCUGCCAUUAAUGGAAACAGCCCUGAAGAACCCAAGAUUACAAGGCAGCCCUUUGUUUUGCCAGAUAACACAUAUGGUAGUUUCCUGGGAAAAGCGAUCGAGUAUACAAACAAAUGAUGAAACAAAUGAAACAUUCCUAAGCUUCAUGUCAGAUUUCUGGCUUGGAAUUGCACAGCUGUGUAUAAAAUAUGUUGAUAAUAAACAUGCAGACGAGAAUGUUUUACAAGGUAUUUCACUUUUGCUACAAAUAUUGAAGAAUCCAGACACUGAAGGGAAGAGACUUAAAAAUGUAAACAUUAAAUUCAGUGACUUUGAAGACAAAGCUGAAAAAUCAUGCAAUUAUGACAGUUUAUCAUCCGAAACAAAAGAGUUGAACAAGUGUACAGAUACCAGUAAUAUGUCUGCUUUAGAACAAAAUACUUUGACUGGAAAACAUUUGGAAGAUUUAGUAUGUGAACUAGCUACACUAAAUAUGAUCUACAUCAAUCAACAAAAUUCUGAGAAGCAUUUGAAAUUUCUUUCAGUAAUUCUUAGCAGCUUCCCAUCUUUUAGACUUUUUCAAGAGUUACUUGAUUCUGAAAAUGAAAAGCAACAAAUAUACCUUGAUGACACUUGUGAUUUGGCCAGUGUAUUAGCUGAAAAUCCUGCUGUCCAGUUCCUUAUGAAGAAACUAAUUAUUUGGCUUAAGAAAGAUACAGGAAACAAUACUGAUUUUUUGGUUGAUAUGCUCUACAGCAUUCUCCAUUGCUGUAACAGAAGAGAUGAAACAAAACUAAUUUUGGAUCACAUUACAAAGAUGGAGUUGAGAUGCAGUAUUCUGGUACAGAUUGUACAAAAGGCAAAUGAAGAUUCUUCCAAGUUUGAUGCAGUGUCAAACUGGUUGAAAGGAGAAGUUUUGGGAGAAAAUAUUUUGAAAUUGACAGAUGAAUUAUUAACACUAGGCCUUAAAGAACCAAACAUUCUAAAGUCAGAUUGCUCAUUGUUAAUAGGCCUCGUGAUCUCACAGCAAGUUCAUAAUGAUACAUUGAUUGACAAGAUUUAUGUUGAAAAAAUAAUUUUUAAACUUAAUGGAGUUCUCUCAGGAGCCAAAAAUCUGCCUGAUUCUAGUAGCAGUGAGCCUGUAUUAUGUUUUAUUUGUGAUAUAGUCUCCAGCUUCUUCAAAGUAGUUGGAGAUUACACUUUACUUUUAUCAGCUGAAGGAAUUUUGUUAACAGUCUUUCAGCUGUGGGCCCAGAGACACAAAAAUACUCAUUCAACAGAUUAUUUUCUGCAAAAACUGUAUUUUGCCUUCAUUACUGGUGUACAAUCCCUAGUUGGGAAAGCUGUGGAGUUGCAAGAAAUAAACUUUAUUCAUGAUUGUGCAUUAUGGGUAAAAAAUGAACUUCUGGAUGCAUCUUUUAGUGUUAAGAGCCUGCAGGUACUUGUUUCAGCCGUGUGCUGCUUGGUGGAAAAUGUUAUCAAGAUUAAUCCCUCUAGCACUUUGUUAUUACAAAUGUUUCUGGAUGAUGUAACACCUGAUGAUUCUCAGUGGCAGAUGAUCAGAGAGCAGCUUUCUUUGGAGUGGCUUAGGAAACCUUUGACAAAUGGUUGGCUUUAUAUAAGCUGCAAAUAUCAUUCUUUGGACCAAUGCACAUUUCACUCUUCAGUCAGCAUUCCUACACACCUGUGUUAUACUGCAUUGUUAACUCAAACACUUUUGAUCAUUUUGGAUUCUGAAGACUUAAAUGACAAAGAUAAAUUAGAUUUUGUUAAAGCUGGAAAUACAGUUGCAGAAAUGCUUUAUUCACUGCAGUGGUGUGACGAGCUUGAAGUCUUGCCGUCUGCAAUCUCAGAAUAUUGCAGUAUGCUGAAAGAAAUGAAAAUCACAUAUGACAGGAUAAUCAAAGAAGCGGUCAAAUUGUUUCCUGUUCUAGAUAUUCUCUAUUUCAGGUCUCUUAAUUUUGGGUCAUUAUGGUCCAUGACUUUUGGAAAAUAUUUAGAAACCCAUGGAGUAACUGGAAAUGAUAUGAAUAAACUUUAUGGAUCAAUUGAUAGAUAUUUCCCAGUCACAGCAGAGACUCUUUGCACCAUUCAAGGACUUUCACCUGUGUUACCUGAAAAAGAUAAAGACUUGUUAAUUAAAUACUGUAUUGCUGAAAUUUUGAACGUGGAAAGUAAGGAUAUAAUGAACAUACAUGGAGGAUGUGGCCACCUUGCUAUUAUCCGUUACUGUUUAAAUGGUGAUGCUUCUGGAGAUCAAGAACUGCAAAGUGUCAUUCUGCAUAUCAUUACAGAAUGGAGGGAGACUAAUGAGCAUUUGUUCCUUUUCAAUACAAGCCUUAAAGAUUGUUCCCAUGAGCUUCUGAUUUUUAACUCUGAAAUUAUGUGUCAUCUUUCCUGGUUAAUAAGACAAAAGCCUUGUUUCCUGACUGAGAGUCAGUGGGAUUUUAUCUUGUGUUCAAUGAUGGCUUGGCUAGAGACUCUUAGUGAAAGUCAACCCAUUGUUUGGAGUCCAUGGAUUCAGUUAUUUGCCUGUGAAACCUGUAACUUUGUGAUAGUGUUGAGUGAAUUUUUCAAAACAAAUUCUCCUGGGCUGCUUGAAAAUCUUCCAGAAAAUCUAAUAAUUGAAUGGAAUGAGUUCUUUAUGAAAGGAGUACAUAGCUUGCUUUUACCCCUGUUGGUAAAAAUAACUGAUGAAUUCUUAGAACCAGGUGAUCCCAUGUUUCCAACUCCAGUAUUGAAGGCAUUAGGUGGUGCACUAUCAUAUAUUUCUAUUGAUCAUCUGUGUCAGAAUAAUUUGCACCCUAAAUUUGUCACUGGCCAAAAAGCAAAUUUACCAGAUAAACUCCAAACUCUACUGAACACCUUGGUACCACUCUUGUCGUAUCAGGCCAGACCAGUCCAGCUCACAGUCUACAAUAUUCUGCUCAAAGUAAUGCCCGAGCUUUCUGAAUUUGACAAGGAAAGUAUAAGAUGUGAAGAUGAUGAGGAAGAGAUGUUCUUGUCUCCUCCUGCUGCACUUACGUCGUACUUGAGUACUACAGAAGAAUUUUUGGAUAACUUUAUGGAAGGUGUCCAGGUGGGAGAGUUUGUUCCUGUCUUGUCAUCAAGUGAUGAAUAUUACUAUGUUUUGGGAUAUCUGCUUUCCUGGAAAUUGAUAAUAUCUUUUUUUAAGGCAUCUUGUUCACAACUUAGAGUCCUGUAUUCUUACCAUUUGAAAAAAUCAAAAUGCUUGAAUAGAUUGCUUUGCCAUUUGUUCCGGCUAAUGCCGGUCAAUCCAUCUUAUUCAGAGCAAUCAACAGAAUCUUGCCAUAUGGAUUCGAAAACAUUUUUUACGGAGAGCCAGAUCCUAAACAUGUUUGAAACCAACUUCUUGUCAUCAGACAUUCCACAUUUGUCUUGCUCUGUUUAUUAUGGAACUCUUAAAUACUUACCUGCCAUGGUUCGAUUAUGGUUUAAUAGCCUGGAGAAGCGACUCUUUACCACUGUGGAUAGAUUUACCAGCAAAUUUGUAUCCAAUAUAUUGUCAUCCCAAGAAAUAUCUUCUGUACAGAAUAACACAAAAAUAUUUGACAAUAUGAUGGUUAAAGCCCGACCUACUACUAGAGAAGUGAUUGCCACAUAUUCUGUUGAUGAUAUCUUUAUUGAGUUAGUUAUUAAGUUGCCAACAAAUUACCCUCUUGGGGUAAUUUCUGUUGAAAGUGGAAAACGUGUGGGUGUUGCAGUUCAGCAGUGGCGUAACUGGAUGCUUCAACUUACCACCUUCCUCACACAUCAGAAUGGAAGUAUCAUGGAAGGCCUGACUUUGUGGAAAAACAAUGUAGACAAGAGAUUUGAGGGAGUUGAAGACUGUAUGAUAUGUUACUCUGUUAUUCAUGGAUCAAACUAUUCUCUUCCAAAAAAAUCUUGCAGGACAUGCAGAAAAAAGUUCCACUCAGCAUGUUUGUACAAAUGGUUUACUUCCAGCAACAAGUCUGCUUGCCCUUUGUGCCGUGAAAACUUCUUCUGAUGGUAUUUCUUUCUUUGUGAAAGAAAAAGAAUUCAUAUUCUGUAUUUGGAUUGGAAAGUUAAUUAUUCAAAGAUAUUUUAAGAUAUAAUAUGCAACAUAAAAGAAUGGAAAUCCAUACAAUAUUUUACUAAUGAAAAAACAUAUACCCUGUAUUUUGCCUUUCAAGCAACAGUUGUGAAUAAAAAAAAAUCAUUCUGUGUUUAAUGUUUUAUUUUUUUAUUUUGCACAAAAAAACUAACCUACUGACAGCAAGGAGACAGAGUUAUUAAUUAUAGUUGAAAACAAACUAAAACAAA